GAAGCGGGGCAGUGGCAGGGUUGGGUGAGGGCGGACGAAGCAGCCUGUGAUCUAGGCUGCAGCAACCACUGCUGCUCGGCACGCGGCCGCGCUCUGACCCUUCCUUUUUGGGCAGGCUCGCAGGCGCAAGCACGGUCGGCGUCCCACGGCCUCGAACUCCAGGGCCUCCCCUGGGCAGGCCGCGGAUCGCCCACCCCUGCCCCGAGUGUGUAUCCGCCGGGACCCAGCCGCCGCCUAACGCGGGCGGCACAGGAGCGGCGGCGCCGAAGCCGCGCCCCAGGCUCGGAAGAACAACCCUGAGAGGCCGCCUCGUCCUCUGCAGCCGAGCGGCGGAUGUUCUUUUAAGGAGUUAUUGAAGACGAAGUUUUUUUGUUUUUGUUUUUUGUUUGUUUUUUAAUGGCUUUACAGAAUUUUAAAUCGAAUACAGUUUGACAUGACGGCAAAAAAUGUUGGUUUGCCUUCCACAAAUGCAGAACUAAGAGGAUUUAUAGAUCAGAAUCUCAGUCCAACAAAAGGUAACAUUUCAUUUGUUGCGUUUCCAGUUUCCAGCACCAACUCACCAACAAAGAUUUUACCAAAAACCUUAGGACCAAUAAAUGUGAAUGUUGGACCCCAAAUGAUUAUAAGCACACCACAGAGACUAACCAGUUCAGGAAGUGUUCUGAUUGGGAGUCCAUAUACCCCUGCACCAGCAAUGGUUACUCAGACACACAUAGCAGAAGCUACUGGCUGGGUCCCAGGUGAUAGAAAACGAGCUAGAGAAUUUAUAGAUUCUGAUUUUUCAGAAAGUAAACGAAGCAAAAAAGGAGAUAAAAAUGGAAAAGGCUUGAGACAUUUUUCCAUGAAAGUGUGUGAGAAAGUUCAGCGGAAAGGUACAACAUCAUAUAAUGAAGUGGCUGAUGAGCUGGUAUCAGAGUUCACCAAUUCAAAUAACCAUUUGGCAGCUGAUUCGCAGGCCUAUGACCAGAAGAAUAUUAGGAGAAGAGUUUAUGAUGCUUUAAAUGUGCUAAUGGCAAUGAACAUAAUUUCAAAGGAAAAAAAAGAAAUCAAGUGGAUUGGCCUGCCUACCAAUUCUGCUCAGGAAUGUCAAAAUCUUGAGAUCGAGAAGCAGAGGCGGAUAGAACGGAUAAAGCAGAAGCGGGCCCAGCUGCAAGAACUUCUCCUGCAGCAAAUCGCUUUCAAAAACCUGGUUCAGAGAAAUCGGCAAAAUGAACAGCAGAACCAGGGCCCUCCAGCUCUGAACUCCACCAUUCAGCUGCCAUUUAUAAUCAUCAAUACAAGCAGGAAAACAGUCAUAGAUUGCAGCAUCUCCAGUGACAAGUUUGAAUAUCUUUUUAAUUUUGACAACACCUUUGAGAUCCAUGAUGACAUAGAAGUACUGAAGCGGAUGGGAAUGUCCUUUGGCCUGGAGUCAGGCAAAUGCUCUCUAGAGGAUCUGAAACUUGCUAAAUCACUGGUGCCGAAGGCGUUAGAAGGUUAUAUCACAGAUAUCUCCACAGGACCUUCUUGGUUAAAUCAGGGACUACUUUUGAACUCUACCCAAUCAGUUUCAAAUUUAGACCUGACCACUGGUGCCACCUUGUCCCAAUCAAGCGUAAACCAAGGGUUGUGCUUGGAUGCUGAAGUGGCCUUAGCAACCGGGCAGUUCCUUGCCCCAAACAGUCACCAGUCCAGCAGUGCGGCCUCUCACUGCUCUGAGUCCCGAGGCGAGACCCCCUGUUCCUUCAACGAUGAAGACGAGGAAGAUGACGAGGAGGAUUCCUCCUCCCCAGAAUAAAGCCAGGAGAAAACCCACGUUUUACUAGUUGAUGCUCAUGUGUGUUUUUAGUGUGAGCUCUUGUUUUUGAAAUGAUUGCUUCAGUCUUUGCCUUUGUUUGCACUGUGUGUUCAGUGAAAACUAGGGAAACACAAUAAGCAAAUUCUGUGAAGGCUGAGAGGAUUGAGAUGAAAAAAGCUAACAUAGCGUGAACGAGAACUUUAAACAACAGAGCAAUAGAUCACACCGCAGACAAAGCGGUUUUCUGAGGUGAUAGAGGGGACAGUCCCUAAGGAAUUGGCAGCAUGAAUGAAGCUCGUUUAUCUUCCACGAGGUGGGGUCUUUGUGUUCCCCCACACCCACGUAACCCUCCUUAGAAUCAGGAUUGCUGUAAUGAACAGUCCUUGACAUCAUGUUUGUCGUGUUUCUCUUCCUUGCCUGGGCUGCCUUUUACAAGCAGAAAUGAACGUGAGAAGAUCCCAGUGCGGGUGAGCGGGACAGCGCAGGGCGGAGGUGGCAGUCCUCGUGGUGUGAGGAGCACAGGUUGAACCGCUGAGCCAGCUGAAAGUCUGGUUGAUGUGCUUUACGCAUCAGCUGCCUUAGACGGCUUCUAGAAAGGAGCAAGCGCUGAUUCUUAAGUACUUAAGUGACAUGUAGAAUAAUUUAUAGUAAAACUGAAAUGAUCAUUAUUAGCCAAUGCAUUGGUGCAUAGAAUUUUUUUAGGGCUACUUCUGGAAGCCAAAAUAGAAUAGCAUUUCCACGUGCAUUAAAUACUUUGCCAGCACUGCC